AUGCCUCGUAGAUCCAACAGCUCCAAAAAGCCAGCACAAGCCGUUCCAUCCCAAGAGUGGUGCCUUCCUGCCUUCCAUAUUGUGAAUCCCACUCAUAUUCCUAACCCAUUUUCUCCAUCCUCUUCCUUCACUCACUCGUCAUCAAAUCCUUCCACCUACUCGAUGAUGUCAACUCGACACUCCAUGCUUCAAGACAAUGAAGCGUACAGCAUGGUCAGUACAUCCUCGUGCUCUGCAUCCUCCUCUUCAAGCUAUACAUGUGUACAUGCUUCAUCCUCAUCCAAUAACAAGAGAAAGGUCUCACCUUCCUCCUCCUCUAAAAAGAAAAAAGAAGAAUUCUUCAUCUAA